CGGUCCAGUCGGCGGCUGCAGAUGGCGGCGCCAUGGGCGGCGGGAGACGGGAGCCGGUUUUGGAGGCUCCGGGAUUUCGAGCCUCUUACCGGCGGGGACGGCAAGCUGGAGCCUGAGCUGCAGGGUCAGCAUCUCGUGGAUUACCAUUUACCUUCCAGCCUUCUCACCGUUGCAGAUUCAGAUGUGGAAGGGAUUUCAGGAAGUUUUCCUGGUUGUAUUGAUCAGUCUAUAAUUUCAAUAAUUGAGGCUACAGCGCAAGCAGAGAAUAAAUUGUUGCUCGACGAGGAGAGCGAGGCAUCACUACUAACAGCCUUGACCGAGAUACUGGAUACUGUUGAUGAUGAAAAUCCCUCUCCCUUUGAUUGCAUUCCUGACUCUGAGAUAUUUGCCCCACCAAACGAUGAGCAAGAAUGCCUUCUGGUUGGGCACCAGUCUUGUGCCAUGCUUCCAGAUUUGGGGAAGGAACCUUUUGGACACUUGGUUCUGUCUUCUCCCAGAGGUCUGAAUGCCCAGUGGAGAUCGGAGAAGCUCUUGAACAGAGGUUUCAGAGAGGAAACUUCACAGCAACGUAGUGAUGGCGAGGAAGAGGAGGAAGACGAUCUGAUUAGUAAUGGUCAGGGUGCAUCAGAUUUGGGACCCGGUGAAUCACUGGACUUGCAAUUGGCUGAGCAGCUUGAUGCAGCUGGGUUGGAGCACAACGUAACACUGGUACUUGAACGCAGCUCAUGUGCGCAUGAUGUCCAGCAUGUGUCGAUGUCUGACCCAGUUGAGGAUGUUCAUCUUCAUUGUUUGCCCAAUGGAGUGAUAUGUCUGGGGACAGAUGUCGAUCUAGCAGACAGCAUGAUUGAACUGGAGGUUCAUGUGAUCCAGGAUAGUGAGUUGCAGGAUCUGGAGUUACCAAUGGUCCUUUCUGAGAGCAGUGAGCAUCUGAUACAAAUGAUAGGUGAGAAUGACAAGGACCUCGUGCUGGCUGAAGACCCUGGGGCAGAGUGCCUGCCACAAACCUCGAAGCAACAGGAAGUGAUGCCAUCCUCCUCAGUGGAGACCUCCCCAGUCAAAAUGACAAGAGGAAAGUUGAGAAAAACGUCAAAAUCUGAUGAGAAUCCAUUUUCUGAGCAGCUGGACCAAGCUGAAACAUCAUAUCAGCACCACAGUCUUGAGACCCAGCUUCAAGCAGCAGAAAAUCAGGGAAGCUCCACCAAAGUCCAGCAGAAACAGGAGUGCCUCCUUGAUCCUUCACAAGAAUCUCAAUUUCUAACCCAAAAGACAGGAUUGGAACAAGGUGUGAGGAGAAUCAAAACUAGAGGCAAAGUUACUGCCAGGAAGGAGAGUAGCCAAGUUGUUACAUCAAGCAAGGGUGCAAAGGAGCCAGAAAAUCCUUCGCCACCUGAGAGCCAGCCUACAUUGGGAGGCUGCAGCUCUCCCCAGUCAGUAGAGCCUCAGUCUGAGCAUGGAGAUACACUGGUAAAUGAGGUCAUACACCCUGAACAAACUCUGGACAAUAGCCCUGCCCCAGCACCCCAGCGCCCUGGGACCACUUCGUCCCCAACAUCACCAUUGCCUGGUUGUGGUGUGCCAUCACCCGCUGUUCGUGAAACAACCAUCAAUGAAUCUAAACUGCGAUCAAUUAGCCUCCAACAGUAUCGACUGCGGCUCCAACAACGGAAACGAGAUGGUGUCCCCUCAGUACAUGACAAACACAAGCUUGGUACAGACGCAAGCAGCAAGAGCGCCUGGCCUGUUGUCCCCAUUCAGUCCAUUGUCCAGGGGGAGCUCAGCAUUUUGCCACUAGAACCUGCUGGACAUGUAGUCAGAAGGCAGGCCACUCCACUCCACCUCCAGGACUCACCUCUAAAACAAACUGCACCCAUCCAGGUCCCAUCCAAGGAUAGCCGGACCCCACCCACCAAUCAAGGCCCCACACCCACUGCAAAACUGCCGACUUGCUAUCCGACUCCAUCCACUGUGGCCCUACCUGCCAGCCACCUGGCUCCAAAACCUGUGACCCAUCUGACUCCACCCAGUCAGCCUGCACCCACCCAUCUGGCCCUGCCCCCCCACCACAUGCCCCUGCCCCCUGUGGCCCUGCUACCCCAUUACCUGCCCCUGCCUCCGCACCACAUGCCCCCGCCCCCUGUGGCCCUGCCUCCGCACCACAUGCCCCCGCCCCCUGUGGCCCUGCCUCCGCACCACAUGCCCCCGCCCCCUGUGGCCCUGCCUCCGCACCACAUGCCCCCGCCCCCUGUGGCCCUGCCUCCGCACCACAUGCCCCCGCCCCCUGUGGCCCUGCCUCCGCACCACAUGCCCCCGCCCCCUGUGGCCCUGCCUCCGCACCACAUGCCCCCGCCCCAUGUGGCCCUGCCUCCCCACCACCUGCCCCCACCCUAUUUUCCCCCACCCCCUGUGGCCCUGCCCGCCCAUCACCUACCCCCACCACCUGUAGCUGUGCCCUCAUUCUCACCACCCAGCCAUCACCUGACUCAAACCAUUCUGACCUCAUCUGCUCACCGCAUGGCCCUACCCUUCCUUGUCCCAUCAAACCAUAGUCUGACUCCGCCCACUGUACCCACACCAUUCCAACAGUUGGUCCCACCCACUUUGGCCCCACAUGCUCCGCCUCAGGGUCUUCCCACUUCCGCUCAUGCUUCAUUAGCUUCACCCACUCCAGCUCAGGCUCGGGCCGCUCCUGCCACGGCUCAGGCUCAGGCUCGGGCCGCUCCUGCCCCGGCUCGGGCUCCGGCCCCUGCCCCUCGGGCUGCUCCGACUCAGGCUCAGGCUCCUGCCCCAGCUCAGGCUCCGGCCGCCCCUACCCUGGCUCAGGCUCGGGCUCCGGCCCCUCGGGAAGCUCCUAUCAAGGCUCAGGCUCCUGCCCCGGCCCCGGCCCCUCUGGCCGCUCCAACCCCGGCCCCGGCCCCUCUGGCCGCUCCGGCCCCGGCCCCGGCCCCGGCCCCUCUGGCCGCUCCGGCCCCGGCCCCGGCCCCGGCCCCUCUGGCCGCUCCUGCCCCGGCCCCGGCCCCGGCCCCUCUGGCCGCUCCUGCCCCGGCCCCGGCCCCUCUGGCCGCUCCUGCCCCGGCCCCGGCCCCUCUGGCCGCUCCUGCCCCGGCCCCUCUGGCCGCUCCUGCCCCGGCCCCGGCCCCUCUGGCCGCUCCUGCUCCUGCUCCGGCCCCGGCCCCUCUGGCCGCUCCUGCCCCGGCCCCGGCCCCUCUGGCCGCUCCUGCUCCUGCUCCUGCCCCGGCCCCGGCCCCGGCCCCUCUGGCCGCUCCUGCCCCGGCCCCGGCCCCUCUGCUGGCCGCCCCUGCCCCGGCCCCGGCCCCUCUGGCCGCCCCUGCCCCGGCCCCGGCCCCUCUGGCCGCCCCUGCCCCGGCCCAGGCUCUGGCCCUGGCCGCUCCUGCCCCGGCCCCCGCCCCUCUGGCUGCUCCUAUUCAGGCUCCGGUCCCUGCCCCUCUGGCCGCUCCUGCCCCGGCUCAGGCCCAGGCCCCGGCCCCUCUGGCCGCCCCUGCCCCGGCUCAGGCCCCGGCCGCUCCUGCUCCUGCUCAGGCUCAGGCACCAGCCCCUGCCCCUCUGGCCGCUCCUGUCCCGGCUCCGGCUCCGGCCGCUCCUGCCCCGGCUCAGGCCCUGGCCCUGGCCACUCCUGCCCCAGCCCCUGCCCCUCUGGCCGCUCCUAUUCAGGCUCAGGAUCUGGCCGCUCCUGUCCCAGUUCCGGCUCUGGCCGCUCCUGCCCCGGCUCAGGCUCUGGCUCCCCUGGCUGCUCCUGCCCCUGCUACCCAGGACCGUUGCAUGCAACAACUGCCAAAUGAGUCUCAGUUUAGGACAAGACAGAAAGUGAUGGAACCUCCAAUUCUCCCAGACAGCUUGAAACCCCAAACCAAAACCUCAGUCAUAGACUCGAAGCCUCAGCAAGUCCAGGCCAUGUCAGUCCACAAACCCCUUGUUCCACUUGCAGGAGCUCUACCUCCAUCAACUCUGAUACCGGGAGAUUCAGAGCACUCGUCGCUGCUGCCUGCCAUUGGGCCUUGCGAUGCUGCUCCAGACGUGGACAUUCCACAUGAUCAGAAUGACUUGCUGGCUGAAUCUGUCCAGGUAACCACAGUGCAGGCUCUGCUAGUCACAUCUCCGUUAACCCCACUCCCUGAAUGUCCUCCAAUGCAGGAGCUUCAGUCAUCCAAGGGAGCCCAGGCACAUGAAGGGAAGCAUCAGGGCACACCAAGCUCCUCAGUGGUGGUGAACAAAGCAAAGGACAACCUGAAAGCAGGUAUUGAGGCAGCCGACCUGAUGAGUUUGCUGGAACAGUUUGAAGUCACUGAGGUGUCAGAGGAGUCACCUCCUGGGAACAGCAAUGGGCCAGACAUUCCUGAGGAGCGGAAACUAUUGGAUCACAUAUUUGGAGCAGAAUUGGCAAGUACAGCAGGUUUGACGCCACCGGCAACUCCACCGCAUCAGAUAUGGAAAUCACUACCCUCGCCAGCGAGCUUUCUGGGCAAGCGGAAGUUACUGGAAACAGCUGAGGGCAUUGGGGGCUCUCCAGUCAGGACUGUGAAGCUGAUUGAUCCGAAGCCUUUGGUCCAGAAUAAUCGGGCAAAGUGUUCAAGCCCCCAGUCUGCACUCGAGCCUCCACUCGCUGCUCCCUUUGACUUUGGAGAUCAUAUAUAUUGUUUGCCUAGAGUUAGCACCCAGUCGUCAUCGCGCAACAACUCUCCGCCAGCUGUGGGCCAGCCAGAUGUUGCCUGUCGUUGGAACAUCAAGCGCCAAGCAAACAUCACAAUUAAACCCAUUACCUCCUUGAAUCGUCAGUGUCGAAGCCCAACUUCUCAGCUCUGGGCAGGGGACAAGCAGUUAAGAACUGGCUCUGAUAUUGAAAGGAACACACCACAUUCCCAGAAGACAUUACAAGGAGUUCAGAUCUCCUCCAACACAGUUCCCACUGGAACAGGAAGCACAAACCCAAAUAAGAGCUUCUCAUUGGCAGUGGAUCAGAGGAAUGUUGGACGUGAGACUGCAGAGAGAAACCGUUGUGUAACCAUAACUCCCUCUCUGAAUGGAGAGACCGAGAGGGACGAACCCUUUGAUUCUUCCCAUUGUUCAAGAAGGACUCGAACCUCCCCAUGCUAUAGGCGUCAACGAUAUACAAGCUCCUCUAGCUCCACAUCCUCCUCCCGGUCCCGGUCCCAUUCUCCUGCACAGAAGAGGAGACGAUAUUGCAGGAGACGAUCCCGUCAUUCCCGACAUAGUUCACGGUCAGAUUCCAGAUCAAGCUCACGUUCCAGAUCAAGCUCACGUUCCAGAUCAUGUUCAAGAUCAAAUUCAAGAUCUGACUCUGGAUCUAGAUCCAGAUCAAGAUCAGCACGAAGACGCAGAGUUCAUAUGAGUUACUUCACAGAUACUUAUGAAGAUUUUUCUGAAGAACCAAGACAUCGAUACUCAAGGGCUCGCUCGCAAAGAAUUAAUCAGCGACGGGAACUUGCAAUAGAGGAACGGCGUGUUGUUUAUGUUGGGAAAAUCCGGAAUGGGAUGUUGCGUGAGGAACUGAGGAGGCGAUUUGAAGUGUUCGGAGAAAUUGAGGAUUGCAACAUUUAUUUCAGAAGUGAAGGAGAUAACUAUGGAUUUGUCACAUACCGUUACACAUGCGAUGCCUUUGCUGCUAUUGAGAAUGGACAGACGUUACGUAAACCUGAUGAGCUGCCCUUUGACCUCUGUUUUGGUGGCCGACGGCAGUUUUGUAAAACCAAUUAUGCAGAUUUAGAUUCCAGUCAUGCAGACUUCAGUUCUUAUUCAACCAAAAGCAAGUUUGACUCUUUAGACUUUGACACUUUAUUAAAACAGGCCAAACGGAGUCUUCGGAGGUGACAGCAGUGACAGCGGAGGAGGAGAAGGAGUGCAAGGGAGAUGCAAGUCUGAAGACAUUGUGUCUCCUGUUUACAUGCUGCUACCGGAUCAGAUUGAGAUUUAUAUAUAAACUCUAGGUGUCUGUGACUGACAGGAUGCAAGAAGUGUCUUGCCAUCUGCGUCAAACAGCUCACACUUGAGAGAUAAAAAGAAAUCCUGUUUUUAAAAAAUCAAAUAAAAUAUAUCUGCUAAA